AUGGUCAACCUGGAAGAACUCCCGGCAGAAGUCCUGCAUCUCAUCGUGAACCAUCUGUCGACCGUACAGGCAAUCACCUCUCUGUCUCAGACCUCAAAGAAGCUCCACGCUAUCGUCUGCGGAGAUGAGUCCGUCACGUACAAGCCAUUUGUGGAACGUUCGUUCCCAUCGAUUCCUACCCCCUCGACAUGGAGGGAGGUCGCCAAAUUCCUGACAUCUAGAUCGCGAGCGUGGGAUAGAAGGGCUCUUCUUGUGAGAGAGUGCUGCCCUCCCGAGAAUCUGCAGCUUCAAUGGCGGCCCAACAACGGAAGACGACCCCAGAUGGGCUAUGUGCCUGCUCUAGAUAGCUACGACGACCUGACGGGCAACUCGAUCGCCAAUCGUCGGGAAACAGUGGCGUGGGGCGCCGCCGGAAAGAUCUUCGUCCGCACCACUGACAGAGAGUCUAGGCGCUGGAGGUCUCUCAACUUCGAGGACGACGAUGUUGCGACCAAUGAUAUCCUCCAGCUGAGAUUGCUCAGGCCUCAUCAGAAAGCCACGGACGCGGAAACCAUAGUGUUCCGACGUGCGUUUGGCGAAGUCGCCACAUUAGAAACAGCCGAUAACGAAGCAGGCUUCCAUCAGCAUGCACGAUUCACAGGGACUCAUGCAGCUCAGUUGAUAGCAGUCAACGACGAGAUCUCCCCUGUGCUCGCAAUCUCGUCAGCCGUUCGGCUACAGCUAUACAAAGUCCAAACACCAGAGGCUGAUAUCGCACCACUUGAGACGAUCGAACUGGACACAACGCGACCUCUAUCUGAUCGUCGAGCGCGGAGUCUGCAAUUCCUCAACUCCGGCACAGUGGCACUAAGCACAACAUCACAUGAUCGCGACCUCUCACUAGAAGACCAUCACAUCCCAAUCAAGGUCUACGACAUCAACGGCACUCGGCUUUCGGAUGUCGCCACGCCGCUGUGGUCGAGUGCGCCCUGUGGCUGGAAAAGCCUAGGAUCGCGCCAGUACGUGCACAUUCUUCUACCUCUGGAUCAUGGUCAUCGAAACUCUAAUGGCAACCUCUUCCUCUCCGGCUGGAAUACUGGCUUGGCGCGCCUCCACGAUACGCGCGCGCCCGAAUCGUGUGUCGCUCAAUGGGAAGACACUGUCGACACCGGCCAGAUUAUCUCCCUCGCCGCAAUUGGUCACGAGCGCUUUCUCGCCGGUAGCGACCAGAACGCAUGUCUCAAGACCUUCGACCUUCGCAAGCCCGGCGACCAUCGCUACUCGUAUCUCGAUGCCCGAAGGCCUAUUGUACCACACCCAACGUCUCCAGCUAGGGAGAAGCAGCAACAACGGCUUGCCUUGACCCCACCACAAUCCUUAGACUCGCACCAACGACGCUACUCUCAUCUGCCGCGCGAUGUCAACUACUUCAUCUCCGUUCGUACGUGGCGCUUCCAGUCCCUGCGCACGUCACUCCCACCAGCUACGACCCAUAACAACACUGUCCCAUACUCUGGCUCCAUCUACAGUCUCAGCAUCCCCUCACCGACUUCCCCAACCAUAUACGCCGGCAUAGAGAACCACGUCCUGCAACUCGACUUCACGUCCACUGACGACAUCAAGCGCGGUCGCAGUGGGGUUGAUCAUGUUUCAAUCGGCUCACAGGCAACUCAUGAAGCAAAGCAUGGGGGCGGCUGGGGGAACGGCGUCGAAUCCUUCCACAACACAGUGUUCGACGUAGCCAGCUAUGAACGCCCUCGUCCCGGCUACGAAGCCACAGACGCCGUACUGCUGAACAAGCAGGUAGUCUGGCAUGAGCUCGAUGCUCAGCCGCAACAGAAUCGCGAAGCCGAGGACGCUGGUUGGGAUAGAAGAUGGCGGCUUGGGAAGAGCGUAAGAAAGGACGGAGAACGGAAGCAGAACGACAUGGGGCCGACUUGGGGAAGAGGAGGUGGUCACAGGCGGGGCAACAGUCGCGCUGCUGGUGGCGGUGCGGCUGGGAGGCGAGGCUCUGCUUCGGCAAGUGGUGGUGGUACCCCUGCUUUGGCAGUGAGGACACAUCAACAGCAGUAG